AUGCCCUGCUCCUCGCUACUGGCUGCCAGGUCUGCCCCACUCAGAUCACCCACGGGCGACGGCACUAUUGGGAAAUGUGCCAGCAGCUUCACUGCGAUGCGGGAUCACUCGGUGGUGGGCGCAGGCAAGGAGGCGAGGAGCUACAAGCAGAUCACCAGCAAUGCAUCUGCUUUCUCGGGCACUUUCAACACCAUCGUGGCUACAACGGGGGUCAACGGCAAGGAAGGAAAAGGAGGAAGGGAGCAGAUGGACAAGAAGAAGGAUGGCAAGAGGGAGAAGAAGCGAACCCCCUUCAAGGGGUGCUGCUACAACUGCCAUGAGGAGGGGCACAUGGCAGCCAAGUGCCCCAACAAGAAGAAGGAUGCAAUGCCCGCGGCAGCCGCGAAUGUAGCUGAAGGAGACAGGAAGGGCGUGGCACUCACCGUCGCGUGUUUGGCUGCAAAGUUGCUGGCCGACGACAAGGACUUGUGGUUCCUUGACUCGGGAUGCUCCCAACAUAUGACCUGCCACAAGGAGUGGUUCACGGUGAUUCAUGACCCAUCUGCAACGAAAUCCGUCAAAGGUUUUCAUGGUUCAGUGCAGGAGGUCGCCGGCGCUGCAAGCAACGGCAGGAUGGCUAGAGCGGCAUGCAACAGCACAGCAGCUGCAGCGACAUGCAAUGGCACGGCGGUUGGAGUGGCAUGCAACGACACAGUGGCUGCAGUGACAUGCAACGGCAUGACUAAGGCGGUUGCUGAUGUGGCGUCAAGCAAGCCAGAAAUGAAGGACGAAGCGGCCAGCCUCAAGACGUACGCGGUGGGCUCCAAGGCAACGCCCAACCUAUGGCACGCUCGCCUUGGGCACGUCCACUUUGAUGGUGUGAAGCGGACAGCCACGAGCAACGGCGUGUUAGGUAUUGACCUGGAGAAAGGAGGUGAGGAUAUGCCGUGCACUUCCUGCCACGAAGCAAAGCUCACUCUCCAAACAUUUCCGCUGCAUGACGAGCGAGAGGAGCAGGUUCUUAGGCUGGUCCAUAUUCACCCCCACGACCCUGAGAAGAAUCUGCCGCCACCACGUACUAUCAUCGUGGUCCCGGUGCCGUCCGUGCAGGGGGGCGAGCAACACAUUGAUCGCUUGGUGGGCCCUGCGAGCAGCAAGGCACCCACGUCAGGGCCACCUCCAGGUCCUUCCUCAAGUGCUGAUUCGGCGCCUGUGGGACCAGAAGAUGGUCCCUUUGAGGACGGAGGUGACACGGCUGAUCAUGAGGAGGAAGGAGAGAUGGCAGUGGAUGAGCAGCCGUCAGUGGCCCAUGAGCAUGAGCCUUCACCUGCAGCUUCUCCCAUCCAGCCCAUUCCACAUCCCCCACGUCGCUUUAGCAGGCCUAACAAGGGGGUGACACCUGUACGGUUUCAACCGUCAGCCAUGACGGCACAUGUUGCGGACGAUGAGGACAACCCGUACGACAUGGCGUACCUUGCUGAGGACGAUUGCGACACAGACCGCGACGACGAAGUGGAGUACCUGGACGAGGAUGAGGAGGAGGAAGGCGCUUGGGGAGGUGUCAUCCUUGAUCUGGCAGCAGCAUUGACCGGACCUGAAGAGGAAUGUUUGCAGCCAUGUCAACCCGUCCUUACCUCUCUUUUGUGUGCAGCCGCCUUGCAGCAGGUGCACACCUAA